AUGUCGACUUUACCAAAAAACGGCUGCCAUCUUUACUACGGGGAGUACGAUGAGCAGCCUAAUAAGAAACUUAAAAAGCUGAACCAGCCUUCCAUUAAUUAUCUCUCUAUAACUGGUUCACAUAACGGGUUGAUUUGCUUUGCUGAUAGCAACCACUCUUUAAAUAUCCACGAACCUAUCCAUAUUAGUAAUCCUAUCACUAGAGAGUUCAUGAAUGUUCCAAGACUAGAAGUUGUUGGUGAGAAUCGGAUCGAUUCUAUGGUGUGUGGUUUUGGUUACCAUCCUUCUGUCGACAAAUACAAAAUUGUAAAAAUCCAUUAUAUGAAAAACCAACCCUUAAGACAAGUCCAGGUAUAUACACUUGGGGAUGACAGUUGCAGUGGCUGGAGAGGCAUUGGACAAACUGCUUACUCGCUCCGACUUAACAACAGAUGCAGUUGCAGUGGUUCAAGAGACAUUGGAGAAAUCUCACUGAAAUUUAUUAGCGAUGGUUUCCUGUGUCAUCGUUGCCCAUUUGGUGCAUUUGCAAAUGGGUCACUUCAUUGGCUUAAUGAAGAGCAAAAGAUUGUCUCCUUCGAUCUGUCUAACGAGAUGCUAUGCGUGCUCCCAUCACCACCUUUUGUCCGUGCUUCAAGUGUGACAGACCGUUUUCAGCUUAAGGUUUUGGGAGGAUGCUUGUGUUUUAUUCAUCACAAGCCAGAUGAUGAAUUGUUAGAUAUAAGGUUCUUGCGGAGCAAAGGGGAGAGUAAUAGUCAUGGCGUGAAUGAGCAAGAGUACGACUUGUUGACGUGGAUCAAGGAGUUCAGUUUUCCAAUUGAAGGGGAUACAGAUACAGAGCCAUUUGCCGUUACCAAGAGUGGUGAAGUUCUAUUGUCUCACAAGUCUGUUAUCUGCUGUUAUGAUCCUAAGACUGCAGCCAUGGAUCGGAUUGUGGAUGUCAAUUUUUGUCUUGCAGUUCCUCACAUGAACACCUUUGUUUCACUUAAAGCUCUAGGAGAAAAGUGUCGCUCGCGAAAAAAAUACGUUGUGAAGUUUCGACCAAGGAGUUUUUUUAUAAAGCAGAAGAAGGAAUGA